CAAGUUUGUUUAAUAUUCAUUUUAUAAUUUCUAAAUCAAGCUGUAUGAGAUAACAUUAGUAAAAUGGACAAAUCAAAAGUUCUUUUCCUGGCGUCAAUAGCUUUUUCUUAUGUUAUAGCCGAGGACCCCAAAAAGCUCUUCAAGGACGCCGUGGACAAUUGUUCAAAGACCCAAGAACCGAUACUAGACCAUUCGAUAAUAGACGCCGCCAUUAAACAAGCCAAUUUAAACGCCAUCUACGCCAAAAGCGUAUUGUGCGUGUACCAAUCCCUGGGCGUCAUGGACGACAAAGGCUCUGUGAAGAUUGAUCAGGUGCAAAAGUUCCUCGGAAAUCUCAUAGACGACGCCGAUAGGAUCGAGGAGAUAGCCGAGCUCUGUUCUAAAGAGAAGAACACUCCCGAACAAACCGCCAUUGAAUUGUUCAAUUGCAUUGCCCGAAGCGUUAAAGAAUAAAACUUUGUUCUGCUGGAUACUUGAUCUUCAAAUGAAGUGUACAUUCUCAGCUAUUUCAGUCGGUCUGUAGCUAUUUAAAUGGUUUUUUU